AAACAACCAAUUAAACAAUUUCUAUAAAAUUUUAUUGUUGUUAUAUUUAAAAGAUCUUCGGUUCCAUUUUAUCUUCUUGAAUAUGAUAAAUUAUAAAAUCUUAUCCGUCGUAACAUUCAAAAUGCAACUAAAAGUUUCUUUAAAAAUUCAGAGAAAAAAGAGUGAACAGUGUAUGUCGAACUCCUGGUUCCCUUCGAGCAAUGCUUCCGCCAUGUCCCCGUCGCGUUUCACUGCUGGUGAUGGCUCCAUCAAAAUCUUGUCCGUCAUAAUUCAUAAGAUCUUCAGUUCCAUUUUGAAUUGUGCAAUAUGCUUUCCAUUGUCCGUCAUAACAUUUCUAAAUCUGUUCUUUUAUGCCCAUAAAUUAUAUAAGUGAUAUAUCAAGUCAUAUCCAUCUACCAAACAUAUAUUCUCCAAGCAUAAGGCUUGAGAUGUUUACAGUUGGUUGUACCAACUCUGCAUUUGGUUUAUUUGCUAUGAAGUUAGGGGUUAAACCGAUUUCUUUUCUUACAUAUCUUAUCAGUUUAAACGGAUUUCUAUCGAUCUUUCUAAAUAGUUUAUCAUUUUUUUUUUUUUGCAAAGACACCAAAUUAUUCAUAAACAAGGGUCUAUGUCUAUCUCUAAAUCCACGAUAUUAUUCUUCCACCAAAAAAAGAUAAUCUAUAUCAGUGAAUAUGCUGAACACAUGUAAAAUAUGAAGAUGAAAUGGUGUAACUGCUAGAACCCACGUUUAAAUCGCUGAAAGACAUUUAAAGAUCGCAUGCGUAAUAUACUCGUGUAGUUCCCCACAUCCAAAACAAAUAUUGUCACAUCGCAUGUGAUUGUGAUUUCCAUUUAAUCUGUUUAAACGGUGAUCAUAAAUAUAAGUACAUAGAUAUUUUUUUGGUAAAAUAUAAGUACAUAGAUAUAUUCAUGUAAAAAGGAUUUCAGAAGAUUUGUUGAUUAUUCAUGUAUAUUAUUUGUAGUUUUUGUGAAAUUGAUUUAGUGUCUUAUUUUAAAACACUGUUACCAAGAUUGGUCAUGAGUAUUUAAGGAUUAAUAAAACUAAUUUAGAAAUAUAUAUUCAUAUAUUAAUUUGAAUAAAUUUAAGAAUCCAAAGCUAAUGUUUCACUUUUGUACAAAAACUUGUAGUAACCAAAUCUUGUUAUCUUUCUUGAUAUAACAUAAUAAUAUUUAUAAAUUUUAAAAUCGUAACAUUACAUACAGUACAAUGUUCAAAAUGUUAACACUCAAGUUUUUUUCAUAAUCCAUAUUAAAAGGGAUUUAAGUUAAUAAAAAUAUCACAUAUCUGUCGUUGUAAUAAUAUAGUGUACUAUUUAUUAAUCAAAUUUUCACAAAAGUCUUUCUCAUUUAAAAAAACAAAAUUACUUAAUAUAAUUUAAAAUAAAUAUGACAAUUAAUGAUAUUAGAUAAUAAAAAUCUGAUAACAAUGUAUAUAUCAUCUAUCAUUAAAAAAAUACUAUUAAAAUAAAUUCUUACAAAUAGCUCUUUUUAAGUUUUUGUCACAAAAUAGCCUUAAAAAACAAAAUAGUCCAUUUUUAUUUUAAAAAUUUUAAAAAUUAUUUUUUAUUUUAAAAAAUUUGAAACUCUAUCCUCGAAACCCCACCUCUUAAUUCUAAACUCUAAUUCUAGAAUAGUUAACUCUAUGGUAAAAAUGUAUUUUUACCCUUUAAUAAAAUUUCUUUUGGUCAUUUUUCUCAUUAAAAGCUAUUUCUGUGACAAAAAUUUAAAAAUUGUUAUCCUAAGAAAUCUCUUUUAAAAUAAACUAAACAAUUACAUCAACCAUAUAAUAAAAAUUUAGAUUUUUAUAUAUGUUAUAUUUUGAAUUUUUAAUAGUGAGUGUAAUUUAUUAAAACUGUUAAAAAUCUCAUAUUAAAAAUUAUGUGAUCAAUGGUUUAAACUUUUGUAAUAAAUACAACUAAUCAUAAAACAUAUAAUUGAGAAAACUGACCUAUAUAUUAAAAUAUAAUAUAUAUCUAUGUUAAUAUUUUAAUGAUAUAAUAAAAAAAUAUUGUUUUGAUUUAUUUACCAUACAAAAUGAUUAUAAGUAAAUAAGAAUAUUUGUUUUUGAUUCAUGAGCUCGUUUCAAUUUAAUUAUAUAUAUAAUAGUUAUUUGCUUCUAAGUUAUUCAAUAUAUAUAUAUAUAUAUUUAUAAUUGAUAAAUACACUUAUAAUAAAUAAUAAUACAUAAAAAUAAGUUGUGUAAACUAUGCUAAUUCCACUUUCAUGAAUCGUACCACUAUCAUACUAUUAAUUAAAAACUUUGGAUGAAUUGAUAAUGAUCUUUAGUGUCCCUGUUAAGAUUAGUGGGAACUUAAAUAAGAAUUGAUAUGGUUUAGUUGCGUUAUAUCUAUACGAAAGAGAUCGAUUCAAUUUUUAUUUUUGAUCGAUUCAAAUAUUGAUUUAGUCAUUUGUUCUAAAACGAAACCUGCUUUCAAAUUAAAUAGAAAUGAUUAAAAGAAAUCAUUUAUAUAUUAUCACAUAGAUAAAAACGUUACAAAUAUAUACAUUUUUGUUAGGAAAAUAAAAUAAAUAUGUUCUUUGGGUAUCAAAGAGAGCUGAUUCCCAAACAACAAAUUUACAUCAUAACUUUCAAAAUUACAAGCACAUGGAAGAUAUAAGAACAACCAUGGAGUAAAAGCUGAUUCCCAAACAACAAAUUUAGCUAUGGUCUACGUCUUCGACUAAAAAAAGAUUGUACACACAUUGAUUAUACACAAAUCUCCUAGGUGUUUCUUACAUCAAACAACUCCUCAGAUAUAAAAAAAAAAAGCAAAAAUAGUGGUUACAUUGACCAUAAAUUAAUAUAUGGUCAUUAUGGCCAGUCAAGUAGCCAAAGUCAAUGACUGCUCUACCACGAUCUCAGAGUUUCUAGAAUUAUUAUUCUUGGACAACUAAACAAAAGUUUAUAAAUUUGUAACCACAACUAAACAAAGACACUAUUAUUUGUUUGAUAUUGUCUAAACAAAAUUUAUACACAAGUAGUCUAACAACCAGAUCUUUUUAAAGCACCUCGCAUUCUCUCAAAUCUAAACGAUUCUCAAGAACAAGAACAAAAAAAAAAAGAGCUACGAGAUGUCUUCGUCAAGGCCAGACCAGCACACACUCCAUCAUUUCACCCAUAUUCAUCCAUUAACGAAGGUUGACGGAUAUGGCGAGUUCACAUGCGGUGGCUGCAAAACUUUUGGCUUUGGGAAGACCUACCGUUGCUCCUGGUGCGACUACAAUCUUCACGAACACUGCGCUACGUGCUCCCCUACUCUCUUCAGCUUCAUCCACCCACAACACGAGCUCAAACUAGUCUUUAGAGGACCAGAGCAAACGCACCAUGAAAAACGUAUGUGCAACAUCUGCGACGAACCAGCCGAAGGGCUCUUUUACCAAUGCCAUCAUUGUGGCUUCGACGUCCAUCCACUCUGCACACAGCUGCCUCAGCGCGUGAGACACGUGCCUCACUCCGCUCAUCCUUUAGAGUUGAGUCACUGGGGAGCGAGCCGCACGUGCAAGGUUUGCAGCGGUGCAAUCAGGUCUUGGCGGUACAAGUGUAGCCCAUGUGGUUUAGAUGUUCACAUGGAAAGUGUUAAUACGUCUGCAGCGUCAGUAGCAACAAUUCAGCAGAGGUGUUAUGGGCCACAACCGCAUUAUCACCCUUCUCAGUAUUAUCAUCCUUAUUACAAUCAUGGAUAUACAAACCAUCAAGGUCAGGUUCAAGAGUCCACUCCGAGCAUAGGAAGAAGAAUGUUUGGCAUUUUAAUGGCUCUAACCGUUGGGGUUAUCUGCAAUAUUGUCGCUGCGCCGGUCUCUGAUGCCUUUACUGGCGGCUUCUGAAAUGGCACUUCUCUUAUAUGCUGCCGUUAUAUAUGCUUAUUUUUAUCUAUUUCUUGUGUGGUUGUUUUUUUUUUCAAUUUUUUUUAUAAAUAUAUUAAAAAUGUAAUUAAAAAAUUUAAAAAGCAAGUGUUAUCACCACCACUUAUACGCAACAUGAUAUAGCCAGAACAUGAUCCAUCACACUGCAAAACCAUUCAACGUACCAUAAAUAUACAGUAUGUUAUCACUUAGCAGAUUCUACGAUAUGCCGCUUUUUCAGUCGAAUUUACAAGGAUUUAAUUAUCAUUUAGGUAUUAGUUUUAUUUCAAACUAACAAACAACCAUAUCUUGUCAUAACUUACCUUGUUAUGUGACACUUGUCUUGAUCUUUGUGAAUUUGAUCUUAAUUAUUAAUAUUUUGAUUUGGUGUAGCAGUGCUGAAGCUUAACUCUCCCACUCCCGAGCGUACGCGAACGUAACACAUCUAACAAAUCCACUCAUCAGGACAUAAUUUUCUAUCAAUAUAUGUUUGAUCCUCAUUACAUUUUUUUAUUUAAUUUAUAGUUCCCAAAGUUCAUUAUUCAUAUGUAUACUUAAAAGUAGGCAUAGGCGUUUGGGUACCUGUUCAGGUUCGGAUUUUCGGAUGGAGAGAUACAAAACCCGUUCGGAUUAUUUUAUACACCGGAUUGGGUUCGGGUUUUUAGGGUUUGGGUUCGGAUUAUUUCGGGUAUAAUCGAACUGUGUAACAAAUAAAAAAAAAAUCUAUGUAUCCUUAUUUGACUUUGUGAGACCAGAAACAAUAUUGUUGAAGUUAGAAGAUUGAGCAACUUAAUAUAAGAUUUAUGAUCUUUCUGAUUUGUUAUUACGUUGAGAAACACGAGUCUAUAUUCUUUUCUUCGUGUAAUUUCUAUAUGUAUUAUCUUGAAUAGAAAAUGGUAAAGAAUCCAUCUAUUCAUAAAUCAAAAUCAAAUAGACAUCAAAAUCAAACAGAAAUCAAACCUGGAUAAUCAUGAAUGUUUGAGCUCAUGCAUGUGUAAAGAGUAAAAAGAAAACAAAUCGCAAAUCCUACUUGUAAUCAAAUAUAAAUAAAAAUCGCAAAAUAUAGUGAUUCAUACAUGUAAUCAAUCAUAAAAUGAGUUUAAAUAUGUACUAGACAUAUACGUUGAAGAAGAAGAAGAUGGAAAGAUGAAUGA